CUUUUUCGAAAUCUUUGAUCGAGUGCAAGGUCAUAACGGUCAUCGCUUGCAGGCUGGUGCUGGUCUCUUAUAAUCGCUGCACUCAAAACUUUUCAACGUCUGCUCACUGAUACCAUUGAAUCACCCACAUGGCAGAGGAUUCUACCGCGCCAUCUGCGGUCCCUCAGGAAGAUGUCUCUGGCCGCGAACCGUUCUCAUCGCUUGAGCUCUCAGAGCCAACCAACAGAGCUCUCGCAGAUAUGGGCUUUACCACAAUGACCCCCGUACAAGCAAAAGCCAUACCCCCUCUCCUCGCAGGCAAAGAUGUUCUCGGUGCUGCACGUACUGGAUCAGGAAAGACGCUUGCAUUCCUCAUACCUGCAGUUGAGCUCCUGCAUCGGAUGAAGUUCAAGCCUAGAAAUGGUACUGGAAUUAUUAUCGUUUCCCCCACACGAGAACUGGCGCUGCAAAUAUUCGGGGUCGCAAAAGAUCUCAUGGCACAUCAUUCGCAGACAUUUGGUAUUGUUAUCGGUGGUGCAAAUAGGAGGGCUGAGGCAGAGAAGUUGGAGAAAGGUGUUAAUUUGAUUGUUGCAACCCCUGGUCGGCUGCUGGAUCACCUCGAGAACACAAAAGGAUUUGUUUUCCGAAAUCUUAAAGCCUUGGUGAUAGACGAAGCAGAUCGAAUAUUGGAGAUUGGUUUCGAGGAGGAAAUGAAGAAGAUCAUAUCUAUUCUACCAAAUGAGGACCGACAAUCCAUGCUCUUUUCAGCCACUCAAACUACAAAAGUCCAAGACCUCGCGCGAAUGUCUCUUCGUCCCGGGCCUCUGCACGUCGACGUCGACAAAGAAGAGGCGACAAGUACUGUCUCAACACUUUCACAAGGAUAUGUUGUUUGCCCAUCCGACCGCCGCUUCCUCCUUCUCUUUACUUUCCUCAAAAAGAACCUCAAGAAAAAAGUCAUCGUGUUCUUCUCGAGCUGUAAUUCCGUGAAAUACCACGGCGAACUGCUAAAUUACAUAGAUGUGCCUGUGCUCGAUCUACAUGGGAAACAAAAACAGCAAAAACGGACAAAUACUUUUUUCGAGUUUAUAAAUGCUGAAUCUGGAAUCUUGCUAUGCACGGACGUCGCAGCCCGCGGCCUCGAUAUCCCACGGGUGGACUGGAUUAUACAAUUUGAUCCCCCAGAUGACCCAAGAGACUAUAUCCAUCGUGUGGGUCGAACGGCGCGUGCUGGUAAGGUUGGGAAGAGUUUGAUGUUCCUGCUAGAAAGCGAACUGGGCUUCCUGCGGUAUCUCAAGGAAGCAAAGGUUCCGCUAAAUGAAUUUACAUUCCCUGCGGACCGAAUUGCGAAUGUGCAGAGUCAGCUGGAGAAGCUGUUGCAGAAGAACUACUUUUUGCACCAGUCAGCAAGGGAUGGUUUCCGGUCGUAUCUGCAAGCAUAUGCAUCGUAUUCGUUGAAGAAGAUCUUUGACAUUAAUGCGCUGGACCUUGCAAAGGUGGGAAAGGCGUUUGGGUUCGCUGUGCCCCCACGCGUGAAUGUCAAUAUCGGUGGGGGGAAGCCUACUACUACUACUGGGAACAAGCGACGGAGAAAUGAUGGUGGCGGUGCAGACAGCGGCGAGGAGGUUGUGGAAGAGCAGGAGUUCCAGCGGAACAAGCCGCGAAGAAAGGAAAAAGAACGGCGGGUCGAGACUUUGGGCAAGAAAGCAGUGGAUAAGGAGAUGUACCGGAAAGGGAAGGAACGGAAGAGGGCAAAGGCCUCUGGGCAGCAGUGGAGCGGGUGACGCUUGAGGGGGUCACUAUUAUGUCUACAUUGCUCCUGUAACUUGCUAUUGGCGUAAUAUCCUUGCCAUCAGGAUGCAGCAGUGCAGUUGCUGUGGGAGCACCCAUAAGCGCCCAUAGCGAGUACGUGUGCGCCUGCCCUAAAUUGAACACCAGGCCUAAGCCUGACAUCU